UCGAGGACUACCUCGUCGCUGCCUGCGGCCUCGCACCAGCCCAAGCCCGUGAGGUGUCCAAGAAGGUGUCCCGCGAGUUAUCCUCCAAUGGAUCCAGGAGAUCACUGGAUGAGCUCUCCUGCUCCCGCCUUCACUCCGCCUCCAACCCUGAUGCUAUCCUCGCGCUGCUCACCGGCGCCGGCCUCUCGCGCGACGACAUCGCCGCCGUCGUCUCCGCGGACCCGCUGCUCCUCCGCGCUUCCGGGCGACGUCGUUCCCAGGCUCGAGUUCUUCAUCUCCUUCUACGGCUCGUUUGAGAAGGCCCUGGUGGCCGCAAAGAGGAAUGGGAGCCUCCUCAACGCGAGCCUUGAGAGGCUAAUUGAGCCUAACAUCGCGUUGUUUCGUCAGUGGGGUGUUCGAGAUAUUGUCCAGCUAUGUUCAAACGUUCCGCGGGUGCUUACCUUCAACCUGGAACGCUUGAAGGAGUCUUUGCUACGGGCGGAACAACUUGGGGUGCCUCCCACUUCGGGGCUGUUGGGGCACGCAGUGUCCAUCGUUUCCUAUAUGUCUGAAGAGAAGGUUGCUGCCAAGCUUGAGUUCUUUAAGAGCACUCUUGGUUGUUCUGAUUCUGAGGUUUCAAUGGCAGUGUCUAAGCUGCCUAGUUUAUUAGGAAUCUCCGACGAGAUUCUUCUGCGCAAGAUUAAGUUCCUAGUCAAUGAAGCUAUGAUGGAGCCACGGUACAUUGUGGAAAGGCCUGUAGUGCUCUCAAUGAGCCUUGAGAAGCGACUAAUGCCCCGGCAUUAUGUCAUGAAGAUCCUGCAGGAAAAGGGAUUGCUGAAUAGCAAUACGAGCUUUUUGACAUUCGCUAAAUUAGGAGAGAAGAGUUUCAAAUUGAAGUUCAUCGAUUGUCACAAGGACUCUAUUCCUGGCCUUGCUGAUGCUUAUGCUACAGCUCGUACUGGGGCGAAGCUACAUAGUAAUCAGGGGGUGCAAAUGCACCCUCCAAAAAUUGUAAAAACAGUGAUUAGGUCCAAAAUUUCACCAUGUAUGCACCCCCCACGGAAGAUGUCUAUGCACCCACAAGCUAAGUGCACUCCCUCUAAUUUGCUCUAGCUUCGCCACUGAUUGUAUGAGACUGAACUGUUAGUUUCAGGUAGUGCCUGAAAGCGCUACUAAGAAGAAACUCUCUAUGAAGCAAUUUGCAUUGGUAAUUCCAGUGUUGCAAGAACAACAAAAUAUUCUUGAGUUCUAAACAAUAUUUUGGAUGCCCUGCCAUGUACCAUAGAUGGUUGUCAGUUUGGCCUCUAAAGGAAUGAGAUACUAAUAUGAAAACAAAUGGCAAGUUGUAACGGAGAUGACUUAAUAUGGGAGUACAGUACUAAUUUGUUCUUUCAUUCCUGGCAUCUUGACUUAGCUGCCUAAGCUUCUCCCUUCGUGUCUGGGCAAUGGUGCUGCAACAGAUCGGCUUACUGCACGUUGCACCAGGAGCCCAGGACUAUUGGUGGUGCGUUGCAGACAACCCGGUCCUGAAGCCGAGGUGUAAAGGCUUCAACACUUCUCUUUGUUUUUUUCACCUAGACAAUUUGGAAGCACCACAACCCUUGUGCUCCCUCCGUC